AGUAAACAUUACUCACCACAGAGAUUCGACAGAUUCGACUAUUUGCACUUAGCAUUUGCCCGGGAGUCUAAGAUUUGGAUGUUGUAAUGGCUCGCUACCUCUACGCCGACCACAUUCUGGAGGCCUUCAACGUCUUCCAUCGGCCACUCCACCUGGACGAGGUGGCCACCUACGUGGCCGAGAUGGAGGCCAAGACUGUGGACGAGGUGCGCCUGGCGGUGGACAACACGCUCACCGCCGGCUGGAUGCACGGCUUUCUGGCCACGGAGGAGGGCCUGUUCACGCUGAUCUGCGGCUACUGGGAUGAGACGCAGCCGAAGGGCAAACACCACACGGCGAAGGCAAUGCUAAGGAGUUCGUAGUGCAUCCUUUGGAGCUGGACAAGAUUGUCGGUCUGCCAUGGGAGGUUUGGAAAAACUGGGCACAAAAUUGUUCCGCAAAUAAAGUGUAAUACCACAAA